UACCCGCUUUUCUACUCGUCCUGCCGAGCCCCGACAUUCAUUCCACCCCGAGCCGGCGGAUCCGCUAGGACGUUCCCGACCUACUGUUCUUCACCUGUUUCACGGGGUGCCAGCCCCCGUAGGGUCACAGCCGCCGCGAGAGAAGAAAGCGAAGGGAGGAGAAAGAGGAGGACGAGGAGGAGAGUUCACACGUAAAGGGGCAAGCCGCUGCGUCUCGAAAGAUGACGUGUAACUGGGCGUGGUUGCUGCUGCUGCUGUUCUCGCUGGUCUCGGUAGGCAUCUGUCUGCCCGCGGGCCUGAUGGAGGACGCGAAGAAGGCGGAUCAGCCGAUGAAGCCGAAAUCGAAACGCACCCAGGAAACGCUGAUGUUUGGCAAUCAGCAGAAUCGACAGGCUGUCAAUGCUGCUGCCGCUGCUAAAUCCUUCACGUCAAACGCGGAGAAACGAACCCUCGCCGCCUCGGGGCUGGGUGGCUUGAAAGCGGCUCUCGCCGAGGACGACAAACCGUCCCCGGUCCAGAAAUCAUCCGGCAGCAACCCGGCCAUGUACGAGCACGAGGCGUACUCGCCGUACGACAAGAAUUACGACUACGGUAAGGUCGUCAUGAACGAGGUCGAGGAGGAUGUGCCGCGGGUGUGGGACGCCGCGGCGAUGCCGUACUCGCGAGCGUAUUACGCGGGCGAGGAUCGGCGCAAGAGAUCGAACGAAAAGUCGACCGUGCGACCGCCGAGCAGCAGCAGCAGCAGCAGCAGCAGCACGUUGCAACCGUCGACGAGCUCGUAUCAGACGAAACAUUUACCCAGCAGCUUGAUACCUACCCAGCAACCGGUGCAGGCCCAAGUCAAGAGAAGCAUCCCGUACUACCAGGAACCGCGAUAUAAAAGGGAGCUGGACAUCAAUCCCGACGACGUGCUGACCCUUCUGUCACUAUGGGAGAACGAACAGCGCAACGGAAACUGGCGCAAGUACGCGAACGAUGAGUACGAAAUAGACGACGGUGAUUUCUUCGACGAGGAGGACCCUAGAAAUGCCCUCCCGUGGCUGACGCCGGUAUACCCCGCGCGACACUACGACACGCUCUCGCCCUCCGACAUCGGGAUAGUCCGGACUCAUCCGCCUAGCUAUUACGAACAGUACGGAAAACAACUGGACCAGCAGUAUGAGGGCGCCGCACCGUACGGCAAUCACAUUAACCCGCAGUACGAUUUCCUUUAUCCUCAGCGUGCCGCGUACUAUCCCCAGAAGAGGUUCAUGGUCGCCAAGAAGCGAGCGCAGGAAAAACCCCCUUUUCUCUUGUACUUUCAGAGCUACGACCCGUACCCCGCCGCACAGCUGCAGCUAAGCUCCCAGCCGCGAAGCUACCAGUAUCCCCAUCGAAUGGUCUACUAAGUAAUCCGCGACGUGUUUGAAGCUGUCUAGAGGGGCGCGAGAAGCGAGUUUUUAUCUUUCUCUCUCUUCUUCGGACGCAGAUUCUGCCGGAGGAAAAGGAUACCGGGGCGUUCCCGGGAAUCGACGUCCUUUCGACAAACGGCCGUCGCUGUCGCUCCUCCUCUCAGCUCUGUCGUCCCCUUUUUGUCGCAGGGGGCGAAAUAACAAGCGGGGAGCAAGUCACUCGAUGACGGCGACGACGCAACGCGGAUUUACUCGUUCUAAGAAACACGGUGCUCACAGAGCGAGGCUUUCCUCGGGUUCGCAAGAGCCGCGCUGAAGAACCGAGGGAGAGACGCGAAGAGUAUCUAAUGUAGAUCCUGAUCCCCGGGCUCUUCGGUCCAAGUUCACCUCGGAAUACAAGCGGAAAAAGUGACAAAUUCGCACAUCUCUAGGAUAUUUUUUGUCUAUGAUGCAGCAGCGUGUGCAACAUAUCAGAGUCCACGACUCCAUAUCCGAAACGAUUUCUUGCGCCGUUCGAAAAAAAAAAAAGAAAAAAAAACUUGAUCAGUUCCAUCUCGCUCCCAUCGGACUCACUUUCUUUUCCCAAUCUGAUGACUGUUAAAAGGAUUUAAAAAAAAAAAAGAGGAAAAAAAAGCUUCAGCGCGCUCUUGUUACUUACUCGCUUGUAAUGAUAACGUUACGAUUUUAAGCUCCUUUUGCGUGUAAUACGGGCGUCGCGCCCGUAAUGACGCUACGACUGAAUCACUAAACAAUCGUAGUAUCGAAUCAAAUUACCCUCAGGCUUGGUUUCGACGACUUCGUGACUGAUAUAAAAUAUAUGCAUAUAAUAUAUAAAUAUAUUAUAUAUAUACAAAUAUGUAUAUGAGGCGAUAUAGUUUUGUUCAUGAGUUAGCAUGAGACUAGAUGUAGGUCUGUUCGUCUAUACUAGAUAAUUCGAGCGAGAAGGGAUUAAGAGGAAGUGGAGAAAGUAUCGUACUUUAAUCACCGUAUCUUUGGAAAAAAAAAACGAAAGAAACGAGAGAAGAAGAGGCAAAUGUAAAGCAUAACGUACCGAAGAGGGAGGAUUUAUCUUCGUAAGGUUUAUCUUCGAACCAAACACGGCCUUCCAUACUCAACACUCCGAGGAGACUGAACAUCUCUACAUAAUUAACUAACGUAAUUAACACGUCCGUUACACACACACACACACGCCCGGGCGCGUAACGUCUUCACUAAAAAUGUUGCAUGUUAUAAUUUUCGUUGAAUUAUUAUUAUAUAUUUCAUGGAAUACUCUCUGAAUUUCUUAGAGUAAAAAUACUGCCACUACAAUUAUUCGAGUGAUUUUCCACUCCAAUAAAAGUUAAAAAUUUACUCUAUUAGAGUGAAUUCGUCUUAUUGAGUGAAAAAUCACUCGAAAAAUUGUAAUGCCAGUAUUAUCACUCUAAGAAAUUUAGAGAGUACAGCAGAUACACCGAGGGUGUCUCGCGCGUUAUUUCUUGUUCACCAAGUCCUCCGAGUUAAUUAUAGCGAUGGUUUGUAUUAUAUAUAAUAGGUAUUAUAUAUAAUAGGUGAUAUUUUUUUUUUACGACUGAUGUCAUAUCUUCAGUUCUCUUUAAAUUCUAUCAUCGCUAACGAAGGGAAACGAAUUAUAUCUAUAUUGUUUAUUCUUUUUCGUGAUUUUCCUCUUUAUUUAAUUGCUACAGAUUUAAAUUGAAUAAAAUAUAAUUAAAUCAUUUAAAAAGAAUUCACUCUUAAUGAGAUUAAAUCUAUUUGUGAUUGAAUAGCUGAAUCAAAAUCGAAAACAGAAUAUCCAUUUCAAGUUUUGUUAAGAGUAUCAAUAACAAUACAAUAAAAUCGGUUAACGAAGUAUGGUGGUAAAUUGAUUUCUUAAAUUUAAAUAAUUGCAAAAUAAUACAUUCUGUUCGAGUCUGUGCUAACAAUUUAUCAAUGUUAAUUUUUUUCAAUAAUUAAAACUUGUUUAAAACAAAAAAAACCGGAAGCACCCUCGCGCGAUUGGAACGUCCUUUAGUGGACAUGCGAUAAUCCGAGCAAGAAAACCGUUCGUAAUUUGUUCAAGACAUUUACCCGUUGUUCGUCGUACUUAGGUUUAGAUUAGCGACAUAAGUUUAAAAAAAUAAAUAAAUAAAAGAACACACACAUAUUACACAUACACAGCCAUAUAGCAUCAAGAAUAUUCGCUACGCGCAAUCAAUGUGUCAGGCGUUAAAUAACGCGAACGUAAAAAAAUCAGCCAAUUUAGCUUUAUUCCUCUCGAAUUAUCUUGCAACAACGCACGAUCGAUGUUCAAAGCAGGUUUGCCUGAAAGUGUGUAUUUUUGUUACGUGUACGGUGAAAAAAAAAAGAGGAAGCGGCGUGCCGCGCACUACGUAACACGUAAUUUCUCCUCCCCCUCCCCUCCCCGGCCUGCAUACACCUGAUAUUCCGUUCACACAUUCUGCGUCUCUUCCUGUUACCAAUACUCAAAUAUGGGGUAGGUCAUCUGAUAGUGACCGUAUGCGACGUGAUUACCUUAUUAUUAAGACUUGUCGAACUCUCCCCUUUCUUUUUCUGCCUUUUUAUAAAUAUAAGCUUUGAUUGUUUCUCAAUCACUGGAUUAGCGGCGGUUAAUUUUUGUCUAUGAAAAGUUGUGGAAAUUGAAAAUAUAUAUACACUGUCCAAUAA